UCUCGCCUCGUGCAAGCGCGCCUGGUCCUGAUGCUGCAGCCGGUGCAGUAUUUUGCAGCGGCGCCUCCGGAUUGGCCGAGCUGUCCGCCGUGACGUCAGCGCCCAGCCCGGGUGCAGCAGGCGCCCCCGAUAAAACCCGCCGGCAGAGCCCGGCCGCCUCCUCCAGUCGCUCCGCGCCCACCGCUCCUGCCGCUGCCUGCCGCCCUCCAGCCCUAUCCGCCGCCCUCGCAGCAUGAGAGAGAUCGUGCACAUCCAGGCGGGCCAGUGCGGCAACCAGAUCGGAGCCAAGUUCUGGGAGGUGAUCAGUGAUGAGCAUGGGAUAGAUCCCAGUGGAAACUAUGUCGGGGACUCUGAUCUGCAGCUGGAAAGGAUCAGUGUGUACUACAAUGAAGCCUCCUCUCACAAAUAUGUCCCCAGAGCCAUCCUGGUGGACCUGGAACCCGGCACCAUGGACAGCGUUCGCUCCGGAGCUUUUGGACACCUCUUCAGGCCAGACAACUUCAUCUUUGGUCAAAGUGGUGCAGGGAACAACUGGGCUAAGGGCCACUACACAGAAGGGGCCGAGUUGGUGGAUUCUGUCCUGGACGUGGUGAGAAAGGAAUGUGAAAACUGCGACUGCUUGCAAGGCUUCCAGCUCACUCACUCCCUCGGUGGGGGCACAGGAUCUGGCAUGGGGACCCUCCUUAUUAGCAAAGUCCGUGAAGAAUACCCAGACCGGAUCAUGAACACUUUCAGCGUGGUGCCUUCCCCCAAAGUAUCUGACACUGUGGUAGAGCCUUACAACGCCACCCUCUCCAUCCACCAGCUGGUGGAAAACACAGAUGAGACCUACUGUAUCGACAAUGAAGCCCUCUACGACAUCUGCUUCCGGACCCUCAAGUUGGCCACCCCGACUUAUGGAGACCUCAACCACCUGGUUUCUGCCACCAUGAGUGGGGUGACCACCUCUCUGAGAUUCCCAGGGCAGCUCAAUGCGGAUCUGCGCAAACUGGCGGUCAACAUGGUUCCCUUCCCUCGCCUCCACUUCUUCAUGCCCGGCUUUGCUCCCCUGACAGCCCGCGGGAGCCAACAGUACCGAGCCCUAACUGUGCCUGAGCUCACACAACAGAUGUUUGAUGCCAAGAACAUGAUGGCUGCCUGCGAUCCCCGCCACGGCCGCUACCUCACAGUGGCCACAGUCUUCAGGGGACGCAUGUCCAUGAAGGAGGUGGACGAGCAGAUGCUGGCCAUCCAGAGCAAGAACAGCAGCUACUUUGUGGAGUGGAUUCCCAACAACGUCAAGGUGGCCGUCUGUGACAUCCCGCCCCGUGGCCUGAAGAUGUCCUCCACCUUCAUUGGCAACAGCACCGCCAUCCAGGAGCUCUUCAAGCGCAUCUCGGAGCAGUUCACGGCCAUGUUCCGGCGCAAAGCCUUCCUCCACUGGUACACAGGGGAGGGCAUGGAUGAGAUGGAGUUCACAGAGGCUGAGAGCAACAUGAACGACCUGGUCUCUGAGUAUCAGCAGUACCAGGAUGCCACUGCUGAGGAGGAAGGGGAGAUGUACGAAGAUGACGAGGAAGAGUCUGAAGCCCAGGGUGCCAAGUGAGGACCUGGCUGGGAGCCACACUCCGCCCUUUCCCUGGGAAGAAGCCGCCCUUAGCACCACCCCGUGGCUCAUCUUCAUCGGCCAACUCUCCCAUCUGAUGAGCUUUAGACAACCAGCUUCUAGUUACUUCUGAUCCAAGCGUUCCAAAACUGAAAAAUUCAGUAUUUGACCAUCUUUUCUU